AAACGAGCAUAUUUGGAUUGGGAUUGGCGCUACAAAAUUAUAGGAGGCAUCGCUCGGGGACUGCUUUAUCUUCAUGAAGAUUCUCGAUUACGGGUCAUUCAUCGUGAUCUCAAAGCAAGUAACAUUUUGUUAGACGAAGAAAUGAACCCAAAAAUUGCAGACUUUGGGAUGGCCAGGCUUUUUGAACCUGAUGAAAGUCAAGGCAAUACAAGGAGGAUUGUGGGGACCUAUGGUUAUAUGGCGCCGGAGUAUGCAAUGUACGGACAGUUCUCAGUAAAGUCAGACGUAUAUUGCUUUGGCGUAUUAAUUCUUGAAAUUAUAAGUGGACAGAAGAAAAAUAGUUUCGAACAUGGUAAAGACCUUCUAAGCAAUGCCUGGAAACAUUGGAGGGAAGGAACAACUUCAAAUCUGAUCGAUCCCUUAAUGAGGGCUCGUCCAGGUUCGGUACAUGAUAUAAUGAGAUGCAUUCAUAUUGGAUUACUAUGCGUCCAGGAAAAUGUAGUAGAGAGACCAACGAUGGCUUCAGUUGUUCUUAUGCUUAAUAGCUAUUCUCUUACUCUCCCAGUACCUUCAAAGCCUGCAUUUUUUAUGCACAGUAGCAUUGAUGCUGAAGUGCCAUUGCUUCGAUACCAUGAUUCCGGGACAACUCAAAGUAGUCAAUCGAAAAAUGAGUCUAGUUGUUUAACAGCGAAUGAAAUUUCAAUUACUGAGUUAUAUCCUCGUUAAUGGGGAGACAUAGAUGAUAUUUAGAAACAUGUUGACACUUUUACUUUUAAGUUUUUUUGAAGAUAGGAAAAGGAAACUCACCCUGUUUGAUAAAAUGUUUAUUUUUGGAGUAUGAUGUGUUGCAUUGUUAUAGAGAUGCUGGUGUUUCAAUAUUUAUUUUCAGGGUAG